AUGUCAACCCAACCGAUUGCUCAAGCACCUCAGAAACGCAUAGCUCUCCCUGUAAGGGUAGAGCCUAAAGUUUUCUUCGCCAACGAAAGAACCUUCCUUUCUUGGCUGCAUUUUACUGUCAUAUUGGGAGGCCUCUCGAUCGGUCUUCUCAACUUCGGUGAUAAAAUAGGAAAAAUUUCUGCUGGUGUAUUCACCCUCGUUGCUAUGGCUAUUAUGAUUUACGCACUGUUCAUAUAUCAUUGGAGAGCCACGAAGAUAAGGAAAAGGGAGUCGGGCCCUUAUGACGAUAGGUUUGGUCCAACAAUUCUUUGCAUCUUCCUUGUCG